AUGACUACAGGAUACUUCCAAGCCAGCCAGGUCGCCGCCCACAAUUCCGAGAACGACUGCUGGGUCAUUAUUCACGACAAAGUGUACGAUGUCACCAAUUUCCUUAACGACCACCCCGGCGGAAAGAAGAUCUUAUUGAAGAACGCUGGCAUGGAUGCCACCAAGCAGUUCGAUGCCUUCCACAACGCAGGCAUGUUUUACGGCGCCCUUUGCGUCGGUGUCAUCGGCGAGGCCCCCAAGGAGGGUGGUGCCGCCCCUGAUGCCGCUGCUCCCGUCGAUGAUGAUGACGAGCUCCAGUUUGGCGAGAUGAUUCCCUUUGGUGAUCCAUCCUGGUACCAGCAGUGGGGAAGCCCUUACUACAAGGAUUCUCACCGCCGUCUUCGUCGCUUCAUGCGCGUGUUCGUCGAUACCGAGAUUAUGCCACAUGUCCAUCAGUGGGACGAGGCCAAGCAGGUCCCCAUGUCUCUCUUUGGCAAGUGUGCUGAACAUGGUAUUCUUGCCUGUAUUGCUGGCCAUGGCAAACUCCCCACUGAGUACUUUGAUGUCGAGUCCUCGACCUUGUUCAAGGGUGGUGCCAACGCGAUUGUAGACCCCGCAGAGUUUGAUGCUUUCCACUCGUUCAUCAUCGGAGACGAGCUCGCCCGCUGCGGAUCCGGUGGUGUCCUCUGGGGUAUCUGCGGAGGUCUUGGAAUCGGUCUCCCUCCAAUCAUUGUCAACGGCAGCGAAGAGAUGAAGAGACGCAUUGUACCCGACUGCUUAGCUGGUCGCAAGACCAUCUGCCUAGCCAUUACCGAGCCCCAGGCUGGAUCUGAUGUCGCCAACUUGACCACUGUUGCCAACGAGGCGAACGACGGCUACAUCGUCAACGGCGAGAAGAAGUGGAUCACCAACGGUACCUUUGCCGAUUUCUUCACCGUUGCCUGCCGUACCGGUGGCGAUGGAAUGGGAGGAGUCUCUUUGAUUGUCAUUGAGCGUAAUAUGCCCGGAGUCUCGACUCGUCAGAUGCAGUGCUCCGGUGUCUGGUCCUCUGGAACUGCCUACAUCAACUUUGAGGAUGUCCACGUCCCCAAGGCCAACCUGGUCGGCAAGGAGAAUCGCGGAUUCAAGUACAUUGUCGAGAACUUUAACCACGAGCGCAUGGGAAUUGUUGUCCAGGCCAACCGCUUGGCCCGUGUCUGUCUCGAGGAGGCGAUCAAGUACGGAAGUAAGCGCAAGACUUUUGGUGUCAAGUUGGUCAACCACCCCGUUCUCCGUAACAAGCUCGCCCACAUGUCCCGUCAGAUCGAGGCAACCCAUGCCUGGACCGAGAAUGUGAUCUACCAGACAAUGACCAUGCCCGAGGACCUCCAGAUGAUCAAGUUGGGAGGCCCUAUUGCGUUGCUCAAGGCCCAGGCGACCCAGACACUCGAGUACUGUGCCCGUGAGGCAUCCCAGAUCUUUGGUGGACUGGCUUAUACCCGUGGUGGACAGGGCGAGAAGGUUGAGCGUAUCUACCGUGAAGUCCGUGCCUAUGCCAUUCCUGGAGGAUCUGAAGAGAUUAUGUUGGACCUUGGUAUGCGCCAGUCCAUCAAGGUUGCCUCGAUGCUGUAUGGCGCCAAGUUGUAA